AUGAGUGCCAACAUGGCUGCAGCUGUGCCAGCCACUGCGGCUGCUUCCCGGAAGGAGUCUCCAGGCACAUGGGGCCUGGGAGAGGAGCCGGCAGGUAUGGGCCCCUCAGCCCAGUGUCAUGCAGGUGGUGACAGCAGAAAGAAUUAUGGCAUCUACGCCUGCAACGGCUGCAGUGGCUUCUUCAAGAGAAGGGCGGCUCAUCUAAUGUGCUGUGGUGGGGGCAGGAUGUGCCCGGACAAGGCCCACCGCCAGUGCCAGGCCUGCCGGGCUGAAGAAGUGCUUGCAGGAGGCAAGGCGAACCAGGAUGGUGAGAGCCGGCCCCGAGAUCAUGGGCACACAGCCUAUAACUGCCACAGUAUGGAGCUAGAUCCGAGCGCCGGGUUGAGCCCCUGGGGCCCCUCUGAGCCUGCAGGGCCCAGUCCGGGCCUCAGCCUCUCUGCAGCCAGAGCCCUGGGGUCUGGGCUCACACUCCCUCCAGGUCACCACCACUUCAUAGCCAGCCUUAUAACGGCCGUAAACGCGGUGCUAAGCUGGGAGCCAGAGGACGCUUCCCCUGCUCCUGCCACAGAGCAGCCUCCUCCUCCAACAGCCCAUGAGAAUAUUGAUGUCACCAGCAAUGAUCCCGCCUCAUCCCCAUACUCCUCCUCAUCCCCGUGUGGCCUGGACAGCAUCCAUGAGACAUCACCAGCUUUCUUUUAUGGUCAUUAAGUGGCCAAGAACUGUCUCAGAAACCUUCUCUCCAACCUGCCCUUCCGGGAUCAGGUGAUCCUGCUGGAAGAGGCAUGGAGUGAACUCUUCCUCCUCGGAGCCAUACAGUGGUCCCUGCCUCUGGACAGCUGCCCGCUGCUGGCCGCACCUGAGCCCUCCGCUGCCGGCAGCUCCCAGGGCCGCUUGGCACUGGCCAGCGCGGAGAGCCGCGUGCUGCAAGAAACCAUCUCACGCUUCCGAGCGCUGGCGGUGGACCCCACGGAGUUCGCCUGCAUGAAGGCUCUGGUCCUCUUCAAACCAGAAACUCGAGGCCUGAAGGAUCCUGAGCACGUGGAGGCCUUGCAGGACCAGUCCCAAGUGAUGUUGAGCCAGCACAGCAAGGCACACCACCCCAGCCAGCCUGUGAGGUUUGGGAAAUUGCUCCUGCUCCUCCCAUCCUUGAGGUUUAUCACUUCUGAACGGGUUGAGCUCCUCUUUUUCCGCAAGACCAUAGGGAAUACUCCAAUGGAGAAGCUCCUCUGUGAUAUGUUCAAAAACUGA